AUGUCUACAGCUACCGCCCUCACUGCAGAUCAAGCGCAGACCACUAAAGCCCUCGACCGAGAGAGACGGUCCAGUAGCUUGAGUGAUCUCGAAGAACGCAUAGACAAUGAGGAAAUAGAUCACAUGGAUUUGGUCAAAGAGGACGACCUCGAAGCUAAUGACACAGAGGCAGAGACAGAACGGCUCGAAGACACCCCACUCACGCAGCGAAAACACCAGGACGUGCUCUUAACGUCUGCAGCGGGCGUCGGCCUGAUCAGCAGCCCUAUAUCGCCUACUAUGAUUGAUGCCCCAUUGCGAGCCAUGUCCGAAGCGAGCUCGUUAGCAGUGUCCAGCGAAGAGGAAGCACACCCAAUCUCCAACACUUCCUCCCCUAGAAAGCGAAAGCGUUUGAGUUUCGAUGAAGGCAGCGAAAGCCUACCAAGUUCUGCAAACACCGGUUCUGGUGGGAAGAGCCGGUUGGGCAGCGCUUCGCCCUCGCCCGCGCCGAAGGUCUCUCGAACUUUGCUCGUCGACGAAGCCCAGGCGGAUAGUGCCAAUGUGGAUGAGGCACAACGUUUGCGACCAAUUCCCCGAAACGAUUCCAAGUCCAGGACAAGCACUAGAAAAUCCAAACAAAACUUUGCGGAAGCGGAUGAAGUUCACCGAGGCGAAGAUAAUGCUCAAGAUCGGGACAAAGAUGGUGUAGAUGACGACGGUGUUCUGUAUAGUAACGGCGAAGAUCAAGACGGCGAAGAAGCCGUAGACGCUGAUUUGGACCAUUCUGGCAGAAGCGCAGAAGAUGUUUUGAAGAAACGGUCCGCGCUUGACUCUUUGACCUCAAUCGAGAAGUCGUUUGCAACAAUGAGGGAUAAGCUCUUUGAUGAGCGCCUUGCCGCGACAAAUGAAGAGUUAGCUCUGCUUCAAACUCCGGGCGUACUGCAUCCGGAACUCCUCGCAAUGAAAGAAGUUGUCGACCACCAUCGAAACUUAAAGAUCGAAUACCAGCAAACCUUCUUGAAAUAUAAGCUGGAAACGCUACAAAAAGAAAGCGUUGCCAAGAAGCACCAGAUUCUCUCUCAGUACAUGCAGACUGUGCGAGAUAUGAGAGACAGAUCCCUAGAUCAACUCAACAAGGAAUUCUAUCAGGUACAACGAGAGAGAAGAAGUGGAGAUGGUGACAUUCCAGACUACUUGUACCUUUAUACGAACAAGCGAUCUCAGCAAAUCACGCAGCAGACAGCUUACAACAACGAAGUCUCCAUUUUGUCAGGCGUUGCAAAAUAUGUUGGCUUUCCGACUGCGCCAAACAUACAGAAAGUGAGGACGGACGAAGCAGAAGAAGAUAUGCGAAACAUGGGCGUAAUCCUCAUGCCUCCCCAGACGCUGCCAAACAGAUUGUCUCCUGCGCCGGUACAGCGACAAGCACCGAGUGCAGAGGAGCAUUUUAUUGAGCGCCACGCGUGGGCAAACCCUAAUCAUCCAGCACACAGGCAACAACGAUUGCAGAUGCAUCGACAAACCUCGCAACUAUCACAGGCAUCAACGCCUGUAAGUACCCCGGUCCCCAAGAGCCUACCAGGAGGAGUCAAAGUCCAAGGGUCUGCCUCAACAAUUCCUGACCUGCCGUCUGAUCAAGGCACUUCCAAGGAACCGAUAGCGAUCGCGGACGAGAGGCCUAGGGUUGGUCCAUCAUUGCAAGGUAAAAUAUUUGAGCAAACACCGAGCCAUAAGCAUGAGUGCAAAGUUUACACGUCCCUACAUCCCAACGUCCUCCCCAACACAAUUCGCCUGCUCCUCCGCCUGCUCCUCCGCUACAAGCAUUCCAAUCUCCCACCCGAAACCUGGAGGUCCUUCACCGCCCUCGAAUCCCACACAACCUCCUUUAAAUCUAGCAAAACUAAGAACUCCGACAAUCUGACAACAUGGCAAACAAUCACCCUCAUGUCUCAAGCAAUUCUAAAGUACUCCUCCCUCGACAUCUCCCCGGAAUCGAUGCAAUCCCAUCUCGCCCGCGUCAUGAUCAACACCCACACCCUCACAACAGACACCUUAGACCCAUUGGGCCUUUGUCUCGAGCCUAAGACCGCUAUGCUCAACCACUCCUGUACGCCGAACAGCUACCUCAUCUUCUCUGGCCCAACUCUCUCCCUUCGCUCUCUCGUCGACAUACCGAAGGGGACAGAACUCACAAUCGCAUACGUCGACACGACGAACCCGACCCUGAAGCGCCAGGCCGAAUUACAAGAACGUUACUUCUUCACCUGCAACUGUCACGGCUGUUCCAAAAAGCUCACUAAUAACGCUCCUGAUCCCCGUCUAGAGGAUCCACGUAUCCAGCGCUUGUGGGCAGAUGUCACGGAAUUGCAAUCUGGCGCUGCUUCUCUUCCUCCGCUAGAAGCAGUGGAGAAGCUACGCUCAGCGCUCAAAAUACUGAAAAAGGAAGAUUACCUGCCUUCUCAACAGCCUUUCGCAGCGGUGUUGCAUUCUUUCUUCCUGAAUGCCGUGGCGUGUCAGGAUUGGCUGCGGGCCCUAAAAUGUGCUGUCAAUGCGGCUAGGCAGGUCGAGCCGGUGCAGUAUCCCGUGGAGCACCAUCCGGUCCGGGUCGUGAGGAAGUGGGUUUUGCUAAAGUUGGUGGUGCAGAUUGUCGGAUUGAUGUUGGAGGGGAGGAGAGCGUGA